AUGUUCAGAUACGUUCCAUUCUUAGCCGACGACCCAUUCUUCGACAACUUCUUUGGCUGGGAGCGCCCAGAGAGACAGAGGCGCCCUAGAAGAACCAUCAACUAUGAUGACGACACCGGCGAGAGACAGCUUGCUGGAAGAAACACCUUCCCACUGUUCCCUCAGACCGUGAGCAAGUGGUACGACGACUUUGGCCACUUAAGAGACUUGACUGACGUGUUGAAGAUGAAGGAGGAGCCGGACAAGUACUUGGUGAAGGUGCGGGACGCCAAUGCCUCGACCAAGGACUUGCAGGUGAACUACCACAAGAAGGAGAACCAGUUGGAGGUGACCAUCUCGCACAACCAGGAGAGCAGCGAGGGCAGUCACAGCUACACGUCUCAGUCUGUUUCUACCAGCAGAGUUGGUUUUGACAAGGCGGUCGACUAUGAGAAGAUUACAGCUGACGUUGGACCUGAAGGUGUUAUCAUCACUGUGCCCAAGACCGUUCGGGACGAGGAGAACGUGUUUAAGAUUGACGUGGGCAACGCCAAGAAGAUUGAAGGCGACAAGGAGUCCCAGCUGGCCUGA